GGCGGGCGGUUGCAGGUCGCGGGGCUGGUCGGCACCACCCUCGGCCUGGCUAGAGAUAAGCCUUCCAGGGAGUCAACAACCAACGCCCAUGAUUGGGUUUGGCUUGGCCGUGCAACAAUAGAGAGGAAUGGUAACAGACAACUUGCGAACCGUAACUCAAGUCAACCAAUAGAUAAAAGCAACAACAACGAGAUGAGAAUCACAUCUAACCCACUUAAUUACAACUACGUUGAACCGGACGACGCUAUACGAGAGAACGGCAACGUUAUGGUCACCAGUUUUGACAACCCUAAUUCCAUUGAGCUGCCGUCCCAAAACGAAAAGAGUAGGACUACGGAUGACAAGACUAAGACCACAGAUGACAGGACCAAGACAGAUGAUAAGGCCAGGAUGAUAGAUUCGACAACGUAUUGCAAGAAGCCAUCUCGACACGCGCGACAACACUCCGGAGACGGUCAUUGGCAGGUGGAUGCAGCUGAUCACGAUGAAUACCGACCCCCCGUGCCGCCGCACCGGCACUCCUCAGCUACACAACCCCAGAUACCUGUCCCGCCACGCAACAACAAAGUUAGUAUACAAAAUUACUUGGAGCUAUUACUUGA